GAGAGCAAGGAUGACCUGAGUUUAUCGUCGAGAUGAAUGAUGCUUUUCCUUUUGUGGUGACAGGAGUAAGCACGCUAGAAGGAAGAAGCUUUCGCUAAGAAUGGCUCUUGCCUCGAUACCAGUCCCGCGGAACCCGGGAUGGGUGCGGGAGAGGGACGCAGGCCCGCACUGAGCCUCGCUCGAGGUCGCAACCUGCCACGCGAAGCACCUGGCCCUCAACACCCCCAAAAGUACACUGCACGAGCCACAGCAAGAACCUAGGCGUCAACAUUGUUUGGCUCCAUUGUCGCUGGCGCUUUUGACUUGUCACCUCCUCGUCGCACAUGACGCGCGGGGCGUGUGCGGUCAACACAAGGAAGCGAAGAAGGGGGUCGGGUCGAUGCGGCGGUGGAAUGGUGGUCCUCUCCACACUUCAAAAGGAAGCCUCCUUCCCCCCCAGCAUCUCCGCGGGCGGGCGUCUUGGCGCCCACGUCCAUCAGGCCAUUUGUUUCGUUUGACAGCUCGGAAUCGAACCACCUCGCAUCGAUCGCGCGGCCCGCACGCCCCCUUUCUUCCCCCCUUGCACCGUCGCCGUCGCCUAAACUGUAUGUGAGCCUUAUCCCAGGACCCAGGUAGGUACCCCAGAAAAAAAGAGACUAAAAAGUAACCCGGAAGCCGAUUGGGGAUGGGAACAAAAUCAGGUGCUUUUGGGGGACGGAUGACAUCCCGCCCGAGAUUAGGUGCUCGCGGCGAGACCUAUGCGCAUGCGCCGACGAUGGCGCAAGGGUGUCUUUUUUGGCGACUACGGUUAGAUUGUGGGAUUCUACUCGGUUAUGUGCGUCUCUCACCACCCGAGGCUCCAGCUCAUCACCGCCGACCGACCGACAACGUUCAAUCUCGAUCGCUUCUUCCCCUAUCAGCUCACCCAGGGCGCUUUCCUGCAGGAGAAUGCGCGGGCUUGGACCCUGGGGACUCUCGUGGAAGAGCAGGUGGAGUCAUCGGUGCGAAGCUUCCAGGAGGAGAGCAUGGGGGAUGGGGGGGUUUGAGAGCGCGUGCGAAGAAACAAGCAUGCCCAUCUGCCGGCAAUGCAGUGUGGCGUGACUUACAAACUCGCUCCCCGGCCUGUCAGCCUUCCGUACCCGCUCCCGGAUCCCCGGCAGCGUUUGCGAAAGGACAAACAAGUCCGCGGAGAGGCCUGUGGCCGCUGCGUAAUUAGAAGCACACCCCGCUCGCUCGCUCGCUCGCAAGUGGGUAGAUGGGUGUGAGGGUGAUUGGUUGGCAGGUACCUACCCGUCGCCUGGACAGAGAGGGGGCUUGGUAACGGGGAGCUGAGAAUGUUCCAUGUCCCGCGUCUGGAUUUGCCGAAGGUCUUGGGAUACACCAUGCUGUCGGUGGCAUGGAAACAGCGUUCGGGCUGAUCUCUGCCACCAGGUUGUGCCGAAUGGCAACUGGGAUAGCCGUCACUCGCUGGGAUGAUUAGACCAACUCUGAUCCAAGGAGGGGUGCGAGUGGUAGGAAGAAGACGAUAUCUUGCCGCCUUUAGCCGCUUGGGAAUACAUGACCACUGUUGACGAAGGGUUUUCUCAGCAUCUCGACCCUGUUGGCUUGUUCGUCCAGUCGUAAAAGGUCAACAUAGUCACCUGCCACGAGAUAUCAAUCAGCCCCAGGCAAGAAGAGAUCAAGACUGAUGGGGAACAAUGUACGCGGACUCUGGUCUUCGGAGGGGACAGACGCCUGCACUGUCCCAAUCCUGGCGCGGCCCGGGUGGAAGCAGCGGGCGGCGGGCACCCAGAUCUCGGGAGCUUAGCGAAUGACCAGACGCAGGCUGCCCGGAUUGACGGCAGUGGUUCAUGACUCGGUCGGCGGCACCCAGCCGGGCCAGACGGGCGUUUGGACAAGGCUGCAACUGGGGCGAGGCCAAAGGCCGCUCCGAGCGGGUCUCACCCGCAAAUCCCAACCCUUUUCGGCCCCCCCGUUCGAGACCGUCGAAAUUUCAAUCACAAGGUCCGAAAGGACUUGUCCGGCAUUUCUGGGCGUUCUAGGCGUUCGGGGAAAUCGAGGACCAGGAAGAAUAUCGGUGUGUUGGUUCUGUGUUUGUUUUCGUAUCGUGUGACCGGCAAAGUGCAUGCUGAGGUGGAAAAAAGAAAAAAAAAAGGAAGGCUGGAAUCGGGACAAGCCGAUAUUUUUUUUUAUCAGUGCUAGGGUUUUCAGCCUUGGUACCCAAUUGCGGCUCCCAUCAAGCACGCGACUCGCAUAUCGACAGCACCCGGACCGAGUUGGGGCCUCGGAAACAAACUAAAGGAUCCAAGAACCAACCCCCAGUCAUCAAAGAUGGUGUUCGCGUGGUACCAGGCCAGGCUCGCGGCGCGGCCGCUGCUGACGCAGAGCAUCACCACGGCGGUGCUCUUCGCCACGGGCGACAUCACGGCCCAGCAGCUGGUCGAGAAGCGGGGCGUCGAGAAGCACGACCUGACCCGGACGGGGCGCAUGUUCCUCUACGGCGGAGCCGUCUUCGGCCCCGCGGCCACCACGUGGUUCAAGAUACUGCAGCAGCGCGUGGUGCUCAAGAGCGCCAACGCCACCAUCGCGGCCCGCGUCGCCGUCGACCAGGGCCUGUUCGCCCCGACCUUCAUCGGCAUCUUCCUCAGCAGCAUGGCCGUGCUCGAGGGCGGGAGCCCCAAGGAGAAGCUGCAGAAGAAUUACUUCAACGCCCUGACGGCAAACUACAUGCUCUGGCCUUUUGUCCAGAUGGUCAACUUCAAGUUCGUGCCGCUGCACCACCGCGUGCUGUUUGUCAACGUCAUCUCCAUUGGCUGGAACUGUUACCUGAGCUUCCUCAACAGCGGCGGCUCGGGCACUGAGGCGUUCGGGGAUGAGGAGAAGCCCAAGACGAAGCCUAUCCAGAGAAUCUGAGCUGCCGAGAGUCUAGCGAAGGGUGGGCAGAAACAGUAACCCCCAUCUGCCGUUAUUGGGCUAGUCGGGCCCUUGGAUAGACUCGGAUUUGCUUCAUCAUGGAGUUUCUGGCGUAUCUGACAAUGUCUGCGCCCUGCGCAUAGAUCGAUACUGCAAGGAUAGAUAGGUAUACACUCUUCAUAGAAUGUAAUGACGAUAGACAAAUUUGGGCUGCGUUACCUACCUGCUUUGCAAAACAUGGCAUUUCC